GGCUCUGUCAUCGCGGUACGGCGCCAUCAGCGGGAGGCACCGGCGUCCACAGGAGGACUGUGCGGUACCAUGACAGGGGGCGACGACCCGAGCUGACCCGCAAACAGCAGAGCGAGGGGAGAGGGAGAUACGGUCUGAGACGGCGGCACCGUUUAAAGCUUGCCCGAGCGUCCGUCCGUCCUUCCGCGACCACCGUGAAGCCUCCUCCCGUAUGAUACUGCUACCGUUAGCUAGCGAGCUAACACGGAGAGAAUAAAUGCAUCAACUGCAGAGUUUCUCUGUGGCCAAAGUUCUCAGCAGAUUAUCGUCAAGACUUCAUAGUACAAGAGGAAGACCUUCAGCUCCACUUGGUUCAAGGAUUCUGACCAAAAAUGAUGACAUUUUUAAGCACAACAUGUGGGAUCACGUGCAAUGGACUGAAGAGGAAAAAGAAAACGCAAGGCAGAAAGCAAAAGAAAAUUCCUCUACACAAAUUCCUUUAAAGGAACAAGGUACAUUUGACACAGAGGCUUGCCAAUACUGGGACAAGUUUUACCAGAUGCACCAGGAGAGGUUCUUUAAAGAUCGCAAGUGGCUAUUUUUAGAGUUCCCAGAGCUGCUUCCUUAUGGUGCAAAAGGUCAAAACGCAAACGGGCGUCUAGGUGAUCAGCAGGCGUCACACCCACGACCCACUGGAUCCUCCCCCACAGACACGGAGACCAGACUCCAGCAACCCAACGGACCCACUCACCAUCACAGAAAUACAACCCCCCCCGAUCAUCAGGGGGCAGCACCAGAAAAAAACAAAGCUCCCAAACAAACUCCUACUUUCCCUGGCCAGCAAUCAUCUUUCAGGAUCUUGGAGGUCGGAUGUGGGGUUGGUAACAGCGUAUUUCCCAUACUUAGUUCCAUAAAAGAAACUGACGCAUAUUUGUACUGUUGUGACUUCUCCCCAUGUGCCAUUCAGCUGGUCAAGGACCAUCCAGACUACAGUGACUCAAUGUGUCACGCGUUUGUCCAUGACAUUUGUGAAGAGGCCUCCUUUCCCUUCCCUCCUAAGAGCCUGGACGUUAUCCUGGCAGUCUUUGUGCUCUCCUCAAUCCAUCCGGAGCGAACGCAAGGGAUUGUGAAGCGUCUAUCUACAUACCUGAAACACGGAGGGAUAUUUCUCUUUCGUGAUUACGGGAGAUAUGACUUCUCACAACUCAGGUUUAAGAAAGGACGAUGCUUAUCAGAAAACUUCUAUACACGAGGAGACGGAACCUGUGUUUACUUUUUCACAAAAGGGGAGGUUCAUGAUUUAUUUUCCAGUGCUGGACUUGAAGAAAUUCAGAAUCUGGAAGACCGACGACUCCAAGUGAACAGAGGAAAGAAAGUUGCAAUGCACCGAGUUUGGAUGCAGAGCAAGUACAGGAAAUUAUAACCACCUCCACCAUCUUCACAUCCCACUGUGCACUGGCCCAUUGUUCGAUACUUUGCUCCAUUCAUUCAAUCUUGAAGAACUUUUAUAACCAAGUGGAUUUGUGGACCACAACCAAAGUAUAUGCAAUAAACGUGUGAAGUGAA